GCUGAGCAGGUUGGAGCAGGAUGGGGAGGCCGGAGUGACCCCCGCCCCGCUGCGGGAGAGGGACCAGGCCGGCCCGCCGGACGGACGUCGGGGAGAAAUGUCCCCCGCGGAGCUGCUGGUGGCUGGGGCAUCGUUGCUGUUGGUCGGUGCACUGGCCGGCCUGUGUGUCUGCUGUUCCCGCCCGGGUCAGAACAAGCAAAAGAAAGUUUAUCAGCAGAGGACUCUACCCCCAGAUCACGAACAUCAGUCCCCUGGCUCAGCCCCACAGUCCGUCCAGCCCGGGACUCUGUCUCCGACAGCAGCACCAGGACUCUUGGAGGAACCGUGUGCUGGUUGCCCUUCAGGGCGCCCGCCCUCAUGGAGAGAGGAGCACCAGAGUUUCACCGUCAUGCGAGCCUGUUCCACAGUGGCAGCUUUAAGGCCCGGGCUCAUGGACAGGCUGGAGAUCCCCACGGAGAACAGGAAAGGCGAGGAGCUGUGCACAGUCUCUGCUGUGAAGGAUGCGGUGGAACCCAGGUACCAGAACUUCAGGAAGAAGACCGGACGGGAAUCGGAGGCUUCUUACGUGGACCCAAUCGCCUCGGACUAUUACAACUGCGAGGGGUUCCAGCGGCCGCCACCCGAUGAAGAUGGCGAUUCCAACUCAUAUGAAAACGUUCUGAUCUGUCAGGGAAGAAGCUCAAACUUGGGCUUGGAGGACUUGGACGACUAUCAGAACGUGUUGCCCAGAGAGACUUCUGGGAGUCCGGGCGAUGACUCCAGUGAGCCGGAUUACGUGAACGAGCCCGUCACUGCAACUGGCAGAGGAGGCCCGCGGGUGAAGUGACGCACGCCCGGUCAGGACCGGCCCGGCUCGGCUCGGCCCCAUCGCUCUUUCCGGUCCCCGGCUGGCGACCCCGGCGGACCCUUCUGGCCGGCCCGAGGUCCCAGAGGCCGGGGUCCGGGCAACGGCUCCCCUGGCAGGCCCCACGUGUACAGUUAUUUAUAAAGGUGCCAGGGCCCCCUGAGGU